GCCUCUCAUCUCAGCAUCUGCCAUCUGGCCUGGCUCGUUUUGAUUUUUUGUGCCUCCGUGUGUGGAGUGUACUCGUUCAAGAUGGAGGUGCCUUGUCUGAUCGGACUACUGGACUUGCAGCAACUUUGCACAGAAAAUGGACUGAAGCUGUCUCAAGAAACAUUGCAGUAUGUGGUCUAUGAAAUGCUCAAAAAGUUAGGACCCAGCCAGUCUCAGAAGCUUAUUACCAAGCUUGUUGAAGAUGGUGUCAUUGAAUGGGAUGAUGACUUUGAAGUAGAGAUGAUACUAGACCAUUGGUUUGACAAAGAAGAAAACGAAAUGUUCUACCUAAUCAAAUGGCUGGGCUGGAGUCAUGAAUACAACAGCUGGGAGCCCAAGAAAAAUCUGAGCUGCUCCGCUCUCCUCGAGGAAUUUCACAUCCACAAUGGGCUCAAACCCAACCGCAAGCGAAAACUAUAUCAACCAUUUGCCAAGGUGGAGGACCCUCAAGCUCGCAAGAGCCGAUUGAUAGAGGAACUGUUUUUCAAACUGACUCGGGCCAACAUUAUGGACAAGAUUUCCCUCAUAGACUUGGUGAACCAUCACAGCCCAGUGAAGAAGCGUGCUGAGAGUACAUGUUUGGUUACUAGUGGGCACAGGAAGAAGUACGUCCGCAGGAUGGCAGACAUCGGCUCAAAGAAGGGGAAGACAUUCAAAGCGAAAAAAGCUGAGGUGGGGAAAGCGUUGAAAGAUUGGGAAACCUACAUUAACAGCGUUGCACAAGAGCUGGACCCUGCGCCAUUAUAUGUGGAAAAUGUGGUGGACCUGGAGGGGCCUCCUCACAAUUUUAUCUACAUCAACAAGAGGAAACAUGGUGAGGGGGUUGACAUACCUCAGGACCCUCUCAUCGGAUGCGAUUGUGACGAUUGCCACGACUGUCGCAAAACUUGCUGCCCAGUCAACAGCGGGUCGCAGCUGGCCUACAGAGUGAGCAAGAGGCUGAAAGUACCAAGGGGGGUUCCUAUUUUUGAGUGCAAUAUGCGCUGCAAAUGUGGUCCAGACUGUGUUAAUCGGGUAGCUCAAAAGGGUAGGACAUUCAAGGUUUGCAUAUUUCGUACACCGAAUGGAAGAGGCUGGGGUGUCAAGACUCUACAAAAGAUCAAGAAAGGUUCCUUUGUCAUGGAAUAUGUUGGAGAAGUAAUCUCAAAUGAAGAGGCUGAAAGACGAGGGAAGGAGUAUGAUGCCUGCGGUUUGACAUAUCUCUUUGAUCUCGACUUCCAUGAUGCAGAGGGCCCCUAUUCUGUGGAUGCUGGUGUGUAUGGCAACGCUGCACAUUUCAUCAAUCACUCGUGUGAUCCAAAUUUAGAAGUGCACGUCGUGUGGAUUAACACUCUUGAUCCAAGGUUCCCUCACAUCUGUCUGUUUGCCAAAAGGGACAUUGACAGAAAUGAAGAGCUUUCUUUUGAUUAUCUGAGUGGGCAAAUUCGCAAUGACACUUCUUUUGAGGAGAGAAAUGAAACUAUGAUGGAAGUAGACGGGACGAUGCCAGAUGGUUCUUCAGCAGGAGCGGAAAACAUGGUCAAGGGGAUAGCCGAAGUAGCUGCUGCAGCCUCUCCCGUGGGGGAAAAAGUCUUCAAGGAACCACUGUUUUUGCCAGGAAUGGAUAUUUCUCUCCAUCUGAAAGACAAACCAGCAACCCAAGGUGAUUCUCAAGACAAGAUGUUCCCGAAGAUUAACGACCUACCCACCCCACCAGCUUCCGACACAGAAUCUGUUUCUGGCAGCACUGCUGGCCCCAUGCAAACACCCAGGUUUCAGAUGUUGUGCUUGUGUGGCGCGAAAAACUGUCGCAAUUUCUUGUUUUUUUAAAGUUACACCAUUCCCUCGUAGUUUUUAACUGUGUUAAUUCUAGCUGCAGUCGCUGGACUGAUGAUCCUCGAAAUUCUAUCGGAUAACUCUGACACAUAGAAUAAUUUUUUGCCCUGUAAAGACUUUGGUGUCUAAUAUAUGCUCGUGGGAAUUCCACCAUAAAAAGAUUUUUGCCUCUGUUGGACUUGGGUGCACCACCAAUGCUCCUGUUUGGAUUUUUUUUUUUUUUAUUGCCUUCGUGCUCAGCCCUAUACAAAUAACGUCAUGUGACUAGUAAAAUGAAAUAAUGAAAUACGAAUUAGUUAACUGCUUCCAUCUUCUGGGGGAGGGGGGGGGGGAAUAAAGACCUUUAGGUUAUUUAACAAAUAUGUGCUUUGUUUUCUGAAUACAUUGAUUACAAUUUGUGUCCCUCUGUCCGUUCCUUUCGUGGAAUCUUCAUUCUUUGUUGUUUUUUUUUCCAACUGAACGGAUAAAUUCCGAAAUACAGGAAAAAUCUCUGGUCUAGUGGCUUUGAUCGUGGUAAAACGUACCUAUGGGACCACAGAAGAACAAUUGCUACCUCUCGCCUCAGGGUGCCAUUACACACAUGCUGUCUUCAUCCUCGUCCCUACCCCACCCUGAAAUUGUUUGACUGGCUGAUAUUGCUAUAUGACCAUGGCGUUCUUUACUAACAGGCCUUCCCAGCGUACGGCUGGGGUCUCGGACUGGGGGCCUACAGUGUUUUCUGUAAGGGAGGCAACUGAAACAUUAGGCCCCCUUUCCCUCCCCCUGAUUCCCGAGUUUCGCGUCGCCGCUUAGUCAGCCAAUGACACUACUGACCUAGAUAGCAGACUGACGUAUCUGCAAAAAAAUGUAAUUAGUUUUUGCAUCUUCGUUUAAAUGGACGCCUAUACCCAUUCUGCUUCUUGUAUCUGCACUACAAAUAGAAUAUUUCACUGAGGAAAACACACGUAACAGAAGGGCCAUGCCCAUAUAUUUCCAAUGGUAGCGUGACGUAACUCAAAAUCAUUAAAAGUGCAGAUAUGUCGCUCUGCCUUGGCACGGCAGAGUCUUGCGUAGUGUGUAAUCUAGUCCUCAGUGCAAGUGCAAGCGUGGGCUGUGUACUGUGUAAAAUCAGUCCUUUCUCGCUGUCUAGCAAGUCUUUCGCAUGCCCUGCAAAAUUAAAUGUUCAAUCGAUUCAAAACGUCGUGUUCUGCAUUAAGCGGUAUAUUUAUUCACCAAUAUUUUCAUUGUACUGGAUAUAAUAGCUCUACGUAGUGUUCUUUGUUCAUGAUAGAAAUGUGAAGUGUGGAUUCAAUAGGUGUUAUCGUUCCAGUUCAGUCAAGAAGUGUCUCUCUCUUGUACCAGACUCUUCAUUCUGCCUUUCUUGUUGAAUCCAACCUUGCAUUUCAUGAUCACCAACAACAGUGUGUAAACUCAUAAAAAUAUUCUUAGAUUCACUGGUAAACAUUUGGUUUUCGAAGCAUGUAUGGUUGUUGUCUUUUGGGUUACCAUUAUUGGCAGGAAAUGUUGGGUUUUUGGUUGCAGAACAAAUUAUAGAUCUAUUUCAGAGAAAGCGAGUUCAAGUGAAAAGAAAGUGUCUGUAUUUAGAUUCCCAAAGGAAGGGAUGGAAAGAAAUGCAUGGAUUUCUGUGAUAUCCAAUGCAAAGUUAUCAGUUUCUAAACAAACUUGUGUGUGAACUGCACUGGCCAGAUGGUUAUGAAAGUGAACUUGUUAAACUUUGUAGACGGUUACUUCAGUCCUCCCAUCAAUAUGUCAUAGGGCUCAGGGGGGACCUACUUUCUUAACAUUCAGCAAAUUGUGGAAAAAUCAAAAUUCACAGAUCAAGACUACUUCUAUCUCUUGAUGCAGACCUUUCAAACCUUGAAGAACCUGGUCAUUCCUGCUCCGAUUGCAAUUUUGACAUUGAAACAGACGAAAAGGCUUCAGAAAUUGUGGACAAUCUAAUUGAGUUGGAGCAGUCACUUGGUACAGAGACAAAAUCUGUGCUGAUUUAUAUUGCUGGCUAUGCGACUCGCAAAGACGAAGAGCUGGACGAAAUUUUUCAGCUCGGACAGACAACCUUCUACUACUAAAAGUACGGCCACCACACAAGCUCAUUGGAUAGAGUCGGCUUGAAUUAUAUCCCUUCUGAAAGAGCAUGUCAGUGGACCCUUGCUUUUCUUUUGUUCAAUAUUGUUAAAGACUCUUUUUGCAGAGCAUCUUUCUGCAAGUUAACCAUGUCUGACAGUUUUUGAGAUCGAAAUGCAAGAGAAACACGGGCGGAUUCUGGCACACAUCUUUUUUUUAAAAACUAUUGUUACGCUUCCACUCCUCGCUCUUCAAAAGAACCUGCAUUGAAAAUGUUGAAAUUAUCAUAAUUGAAUAGACAUACACUGCAAUCCAUUGAAGAAGGAAACUGAUACUAGAAGAAAUUCUGUGCAAAAUGUUAAGUUUAAUAAUUGAUGUGAUCAAUGUCUAAAAAAAAAAAA